AUGCGGUCAUUUGCCAGCGGCCUGGAGAUGUUCUUAGCCUUAGGUUUUGAUUUUGUGAUACGUCGUAACAUACGCAUUCGCUUCCGCUCGCAGAAACCGAGCAAAUUCCUUAGUUCCAUCCAUGGGACACACCACAUCCGCUUAGCUAACCACAUUGCCAACUCAUGGAACAGCUUGCUUUCCACAGAACCAACUCACAGCAACAACAGUCAAGAGCUGAAGGCACGCCCUGUCCUUUCAUCCAUCAACACCAAAGAAUCCUUUGGUCUCGGCCCCUCCAACCACAGCUCAACAUUUGGAGGCCUCAUAGAAGUUAAGACUGAGGCUGAUUUUGACGAGCAAGACCUCAGCCUGGAUCAAUUAGUCUUAGAUGCCGAGAUUGAGCCCACAUCAAUCCUGCAAUGCCUGGAUAUCGACCCCAACUUGCUUACAUAUGCCUCAUCGCAACCAGGUGAAAUGAUGGCUAUAACUGAGCCAACAGCGCUUGCCGAUUCCAGCCAAUCUGGGCCUCUCAAGCGGAAGGUCCCAUUUUAUGACCUAACUGAAGAGUUGGGACCAAUUGCUGGCGCAUUGGAAGGCCCACUACAGAAGAAGAGUCGUAUCCCCACUGCUCAGGAGACAACAGCGAACACCCUAAGUACAUCAGCAACAAACGCCCCAAGUACACCGGCUACAAAUGCCUCAAGUAUACAGGCAAAAGGCACUCCAUCCACCAGCAAUAUUAUCAGCAUGUUUUUUGCACCUGGAUCAAAGACUGUCGCCCCCAAGUGCCCUAGUGACAAACACACCAGCCAAAACUUGAUGGCGGCCUUCUCACCACUUGCUGACCCCAACUUGAAUGGUCUCUCACGCUCUCAGCGCAUAUUUUCCAUCUCGACGGGUAUCGACCCACGUUCACUCACCCUCAACUCUAGUGCCGAAUUUUUCCUAUUCAUGGAUAUGCGCCUACAAAAUAAAUGGGCAUUGUUCAGCAUGACAUCUCGAAAAUGGGUUCUGGCUACAGCAGACUAUAAUAGUAGACUAGAGAAGCUUCCUAAGUCUGGUGGUAGCCCAGCAGUUAUGAAAAAUCCCCGUGCACUAUUUGACAAAUUGGGGGAAAUAGAGACAAAGAUUGUCGAGAGGAUCAAGUCUAAUAAUUUUGUUUCAUCAAGCGGCAAUGAGAAGUUUUGGAGAACCCAUUGUUUCAUUGUCCAGCUCGUUAAAGGAGAAAACACAGACCUGAAAUCACGUAAGACUCAAAUAUGUAGCUGUUGCCGCACUAUCAAGUACCCAGGAUUGACAGGCUUUUCAGGAAACCACAAGAAACUAUUCUGUUCUGAUGGUGUUCCUGUCAGAAAGGAUUUCCCAGACGAGCUUCCACCCUGGCCACAGCCUCAAGGCAUUUUUGUGAAUGGCACUCACUUUCAUCCUCGGGUUUUCCUCUCGACUAUUCGUGAAAUAUAUGAGAAGGUCAUAAUUGAGGGUGGAAAUGGUGCUGACCUUGAGAUGGAAUAUCAGGCAUUUGCGGCUAUGCUAGUCAAACGAAUGACCCCUCCAAUUCCAAACAGCCCAGUCUUGUUUCGGCUUUAUGAAUCCCUCACGUUGAGUCCCCCCAUGCCGGAUUUGGUCAAGGAGCACGAAGGAAAAAAGUAUUUGAGGGUUGACUGUCUUUCCGACAUGGAGCAAGCAGUAGUGGUUUCUUGA